CAGUUAAAUUUGAAUAUCAGAUCAACAAUAAAUCAUUUCGUAGUGUACGUAUAGCCUGUGUAAUAUUGGGGAUAAACUUAUGCUAAAAACGUGAUCAUUGAUCUGACAUUCAAAUUUAACUGGGCUUUCUGCAUUUGACCAGGCAGCACUACCACAAAGGCAGGUGGAGGCAGGGACUCUGCAGACAUUCAGGGAGAUGGAAGGGGCCAGGGUGGCUGCAGGGGACGUGAGGAGGGCCCCAGAAAACACAAGGGUGGCCCUUUUCGUGUACUUUUUCGGGCAACAGCUCUGGAAGGCGACUUAUCGGUCUGCCAAGUGUUGGCCGAGGGCUCUUCGGGGAAGGCUUCGGCGCCGUGGGCUCCCCGCUAGCCCGGCCUCCCUCUGCCUCCGCGGGGCGGGCAGGCGGCUGGGAAGCGGCAGCCAGCUGAGCAAAAGGACCGGCGCGGUAAUCCCGCCCUCCGCGCCUGCAGGGGUGGAGCCUGAGCGAGGAAUCCGCGAGCAGCACUCUCCCCGGAUGACGAGCAGCAGGAUAACAUGGAGUCGGGCAAGAUGGCGCCUCCCAAGAACGCUCCGAGAGAUGCCUUGGUGAUGGCACAGAUCCUGAAGGAUAUGGGAAUUACGGAGUACGAACCAAGGGUUAUAAAUCAAAUGUUGGAAUUUGCUUUCCGAUAUGUGACUUCAAUUCUGGAUGAUGCAAAAAUUUAUUCAAGCCAUGCUAAGAAACCUAAUGUUGAUGCAGAUGAUGUGAGACUGGCAAUCCAGUGUCGGGCUGACCAGUCUUUUACCUCUCCUCCCCCGAGAGAUUUUUUACUGGAUAUUGCAAGGCAGAAAAAUCAAACCCCUUUACCACUGAUUAAGCCAUAUGCAGGACCCAGACUGCCACCUGACAGAUACUGCUUAACAGCUCCAAACUAUAGGCUAAAGUCCUUAAUUAAAAAGGGACCUAACCAAGGAAGACUAGUUCCACGGUUAAGUGUUGGUGCUGUUAGUAGCAGACCUACCACUCCUACUGUAGCAACCCCACAAACAGUGUCUGUCCCAAAUAAAGUUGCACCUCCAGUGUCAGUGACAAGCCAAAGAUUUACGGUGCAGAUUCCACCUUCUCAGUCCACACCUGUCAAACCAGUUCCUGCAACAACUGCAGUUCAAAAUGUUCUGCUUAAUCCUUCAAUGAUUGGGCCCAAAAAUAUUCUUAUUACCACCAACAUGGUUUCAUCACAGAACACGGCCAAUGAAUCAAACCCAUUGAAGAGAAAACAUGAAGAUGAUGACAAUGAUACUAUGGAUUCAAAGAGGAUGAACAAGGCCCAGUAAUUCUGAGGUCCAAAAAGCAAUCAAGAUUUGCUUAAUGGAUGAUUAUAAAUCAGGGAAUUGCUUGCUUUUAUUUGGAAUCAGCAUGUGACUCAUCAUAAUGAAGCAAAAUAAAUAUGAAAGGAUAUGGGUUCAAAUCUGUUAAUAACAUAACAUGCUCUGUCUUUUGUGGGAAUUUAUACAUAUAAUUGAGGUUGCAAUCUGAGUGUUCAUUCUCUUAGCCAGCCAGUGGGUGGUUUGCCCUUUCAGAUGAAGACUGCUUUAUCUUGCAGAUCUCCCUUUCCUAAUUACAUCCACCCAUUCUAGCAUCAAGAAUGACUUAAGGGACUUCCCUGGUGGCACAGUGGCUAAGAAUCUGCCUGCCAAUGCAGGGGACAUGGGUUCGAGCCCUGGUGCAGCAAGAUCCCACAUGCCACGGAGCAACUAAGCCCAUGUGCCACAACUGCUGAGCCUGUGUUCUACAGCCCGUGAACCACAACUACUGAGCCCGUGCACUGCAACUACUGAGCCCAUGUGCCGCAACUAUUUAAGCCCGUGUGCUCUAGGGCCCACAUGCCACAACUACUGAAGCCCAUGCACCUAGAGACUGUGCUCCACAACGAGAAGCCACUGCAAUGAGAAGCCCAUGUGCUGCAACAAGUAGCCCCCGCUCACUGCAACUAGAGAAAGCCCACAUGCAGCAACGAAGACCCAACGCAGCCAAAAAUUAAUUAAUUAAAAAAAAGAAUGACUUAAGGCAGCUCUUGUCCUCUGGCUUCUAGCUGGAAUUUUUUAAAAAGAUGUACUGAUAGUAAAUGAGGUGAGGACACUGUCGUCCCAAGUUCUUCCUUCUACAAGUAGGAAACAAGUGUCUUUGAUCUGAGUAAGGAUAUAGGAAUACAGCCACUAUGCACGGAGAAUGGAGGAUGUGGCCUAAGGGGUCCAGAAUGAAGAGAAGUACUCAGGAGGUAAGGAAAAAAAAAACAUCAGAACGACAGGUACAAAGCAGUGUGUAUAAUUAUACCACCGUACACCAACACGCGUGCGCACGCAUACCCUUUUUAUAUGCACUAAGUAGCUCAAGAUUGAAGGAAACCAGUCUUACAGUGAUUGGUUGCUUCUAAGAAGGGAAACUGGUAGCUAGAGGACUAAGGUAGGAAAUCUUCUCAUUGUACCCCUUUUUGACUUUUGUAUCAUGUACUAGAGGGAAGUUUUGGACAUGAAAAGAAAGGAAGCAGGAAACACUGAACUAAAGAAGAGAUUGAACUCAUUUAUGAUAUGAUUAUAAUUUUUUUCUAUAUACAGGCAUACAUAUGUUGUCUGGGGGUUAAAAGUGAAUUUGCUAUACUUAAGCCUAAACCUUUGCAGUGUUUUAUCAAUAAUUCAUAACUAUUAAAUCAGGAAGCACAUACUUGUACAGUUCUAGUUUAUAUACGCAUAAGUUGUUUGUUAUAUACUGUCUUCCUUGACUAGGUUGUAAAUUCCUUCAGGAGGUAAGUGCUAUCAUCUUAUACUGCCUCUAUUAUGUCCUAAGCAUAUAGCAGGUACUCAAAAUAUUUGGCUAUUUGCAUUUCCCCAUUCAUUUUCUGGAUUAAUGAUCAAAAUAAAUGGGGAAAAGAUCCUGGAAGCAGAGUCUGGUAGAAAUUACUUGUAAGGUACAAUCAGGGGUUGAUGGAUGGACCAAUGGCAGUUGUAGAGUCUAAGUGUUAGGUUUAUGGGUGUUUACAAUUCUUUCAAUUCCUCUGUACAUUUGAAAUAAUAAAAUGUUGAGGGAAAGGUAAUCAGUAGGGGAAGAAAGUCAUCAGUAUGCUAAAGUUCUGGUCCGGCUAUGACAUUAAUUCUCUGGAUCAAUGCGUAGCAUCUCUGGGCCUCACCUACGAAAAAGAUUGUACUAGAAUUCCUGCUUCUCAAACCAGGGUAGAGCAUGCCAUUAGAGAUGUGCAGAAAUAUGUUUUUUAAAAUUAACUACAACUAUGGGGACAGUAUUAAAAUACAAAUGAAUUUUUAGAAAAAAUUCAAGCCUUCAAAAUUUGUUUUGUUUAAAGCAGCCACCCAAAUUUUCUUUUGCUGUUCUCUCCAGAGUUAAGCAAAAAACGCCCUAGUCUGGAAGAAUCAUUUCAGGGAGUGAGGCACAUUGAAAAAGCACCAGCCUUUGGAGUCAGACAAACCUGGAUUUGAAUCCCUGCUGUUACUGGCUCUGUGAUCCUGUCCAAUAGUUUAACUAUUUCUUUAUCCAUAAAGGUGAAAUACAUACUCUAGUAUGUAAAAUGCCCAGCAGAAAAUUUCCGGUUAAACACAGCCUUUUGAAAUUGCACCGUUUACCUCUGCUCAUUCCUGAAACUCCCAUUAAAAUGACAGGAAAGAGAAAGGAGGGCAAAUUACAAGGACAAUAAAAAAAUAAGAAUGUCAUUGAAAUCGCUUUGGCCUUUUGACUAAGAUCAAGUGUAGGAUGUCAUUAGAUUUUCAGCAAUGACAGUGAAUCAAAUGCUUUAUGUCUGAGAAACUGAUAUGUAGGCUGAAAUUCUACAUAUAACCAAACAGGCAAAUAUAAGAGUUGAAUAAAGAUAUCUUCAGACAUACAAAAAAUUUUGCCUCCUACGCCCUCAAUUUCUCAGGAAGCUAGUGGAGUCUUGUGUUUCACAAAAAGGAGAAGUAAACCAAGAAAGAGGAGGAAAACAGAUCCAGGAAAGGGAAGGUUCAACACAGGAGGUUAAAGGAAUCCCCAAGAGUUACCCCACAGGGAUUUCCUCUGGAAACAGGAAACCCCAGGGCAACAGCUGUACAGCCAACAUAGGGGGCAGCCAGUACAAACUGGAACAGGAACACAGAGGACUGCAGGAGGGACAUCUCUAAUAAAAAUGAACCAACUGUCCCAUAUGUUUGAAUAUGUUGGGAAUGAACCAGUGAUAGAUACAUAGAAAAAAAUGAAACUAAUUUUUAAAACUAUUUUUAACUCCAAAGAAAACUAAAAGAUACAUAAGUAAAUAUAAUCAUGGCAUAUGACAUAGCUCAGCUGUGAAUAAUAUUUAUAAUCACAAUGUAGACUAUUGAUCAAAUCUAAAAUUAUGACAAAACUAUACUGGGAGAAUGAAGAAGGAGACGUACAUAUGGAACAGAGGCUAUAAGAGAGCUAAAUCUUCCCAUGCAUGAAAUUAAUAGAGAUCUUUUUUAGAAAA